GCCUAUUAUUAACCAAAAAUUCUCAUAAUAGUAAAGAAAUACUAGACUAGGCCAAAAAUAAUAAAGAAGAUAAAAAUAUCACCUGACUUAAGUGUCAGUUGUCACACUUGUCACGAGUACGACAGUAGGAGUUGUCAGUGUCAUAUGAUUAUUAGGGGUGUGAAAAGCUAAGAUAAUUCAAAAAAUGAUUUGUUUCAUACCAUUGGCAUUAUUGCUGAUUUCUUCAGCUUAUGGGACUGGAGAAUUUUCAGUCCUGAAUCAUGCCCCUAGCCUACUAUUCAAAGGGCACGAUGUCUUAAAAGAGAGUAAUUUAAAAGAAGUCUAUGCUGCGUGUCUUGGUUUUUCGACUGAACAUUUCUCCAAUUGGCGUGGACUGUAUUUAUCUAACCCCUUUGAGGUAGCCCAUGCUAUUGCUACCAUCUACGUAGAUGGUGUCUCAGAUAUUGGUCAACAAAAGGGUCACCACUUUCCUCUUAAUACGGAUGUGGCUGAAUCUAAGAUUUACAAGUCUAUAGAGAGAAGAAUUGGGGAGCAUUAUCCCGAACAACCUACUAAUUUAGUAAGAAUUCAUUUAUCCAAUGGAUUGGAAGAUAUUCGCAAAUAUUCCAUUUUUGAAAAUAUUAUAACUGCUAACACAAAGCAACUCAAUCAUAAAAUUUUAAAAUUGGAUGUUGAAGAAGAUAGACAAUUUUUGAAAGAAUGUACAAUUUUGAAAGAAAUUGCUGCAAAAGUAGUAGAAGGCAGUAUUACAGUUGACGAUGUACCUGAUGUCUUCUGGUUUGAAGUUGGUUCUUUCCAUCCUCUUGUUGAUUUCUAUGGAGAAAACUCCAGUCAAGUCUUAGAAGCCAAACAAAUUCUUAAUGAGGUCAUUCUUGAAAUUAAUGCAGCAUUUAAAAAAUUAUAUGAUGGAUAUGUUCUUGUAUCUGUUAUAACCAGCGAUGCUAGUCAUACUAGGAAAGGGAGAAGUAUUCUCCAGAACCAAAAUGAAAAAGCCGAUGAACCCAUUAGUGAUAAAACCAAGUACAACUUGGCAAGCUAUUACAACAAAGACUAUCCAGUUAUUUUUAACAUUAUUCUUUGGUUUGGAAUAAUGAUGUUAUUUUCUCUUAUUGCUAUAAGUCUAGCCAUUGGAAACAUGGAUCCAGGUCGUGAUUCCAUUAUAUACCGUAUGACCAGCACUAGAAUGAAGAAAGACAAUUAAAUUUGUUUCCGUUUUUAUUUUGUGGAAAGUAUAAAAUGUGCAAUUUGGUGUUAUUUGAAUCUUUCCACAAACAAAAG